UCCCUUCUCUGGUACCGCCGCCAUAAGAAAGCACCAAUUUAUGCAUACAAAUGUGCAUCCAAAGAGGCAGCGAGCCGAAAACAAAGCGCAGGAUCUUGACAUUGCGGCUAGCCAAGCUCAUCUCCGCCGACGAUGAGUCCAGCUGGUGCCUCCUCCGCCGCCUCGGACAAUGUAUCAAAAAGCAGUGGGGUUGAAACAAGUGUACAUCAUUAAUUACUUGCAAAAUUUCACUCUCGGAUAGGAAAGGGAAAGGUAUAAAGCCCUCGGGUUAGAAACGUUCCCGCAGUUUAGUUUCAUCUUCCGAAGGGCGUAUAAUGUCGAGGCGAGAUCAGGUUCUGUUGGUGGCUUUGCUCGUUUUUGUGCGGAUUAGCGCCUCGGUGCAGACGGGCGAGGACAAGAAGGAGGCGCGCGAUGGUCUUUUUAUGGACGUGGACCCACCCCUUCCCUCGGGGGCUGGUUUCACUUUUGGGUCUUUUGCUGAUGACCUCAUGCAGUGCAACCCUAGAUCCAACAACAUCUUCACUAAUUCUGACGGACUGGGUGAGUGUCUGAAGCGUCGCGCCGUGACGCACCUUUUGUCAGGCGCACCCUCGACCGUCGGUUUUUCAGACGCGAUUUCCUUCGUGGCUUCGGCGGACACAGCGUCAGGGUCGCGCGCCCUGCCGCACUUUCAACACUACCCUGGCGAGGCGCCGUCGCUGGCGGAGGCGAUGCGCCACUUCCUCGGCCAACGCAUCAUGCGUUGGCAACUCGACACCCUCUACCCCGGCCUGGUCAUGAGGGUUGGACCCAUGGGGGUGCACGACUCGGGCAUGCUCGAGUUCGUCCUUGAGAAACUCUACGACGACACCGACCGCGCCCUUGGCCCAGGCAAAUUAUUGGUGAAGCGCACCGUCCUGCCCGCACUUCUCGGCUUCAAACUGAAGCUAUCGACGCUGAUGCCGAUCCUUUUGGCCGUCUUUUUCUUCAUGGCCUCCAAGGCAGUGUUUUUCAGCAAAGUGGCCAUCAUGUUCGGCGCCCUGAUCGGCCUCAAGUCGUUCCUCUUCAGCGGCCACCACAGUCACCACGGCCACCUCGGGCCGUACGGUCUGCACCCCGUCGGACACGCGUCCGAACCCACGUUCUGGGACUCGUUUUUCGACAACGGCCUCAAACAGCAGCACAACCCCUACGGACCGGUCAGUUUCAAAAGCGUCCGGGCCAUCCCGCAACCCCAGCACCAGGCGCCGGCGCCCAUUUUCCAGCAGCCGGAAAUCCUCGACCCGGCCAACGACCACGUCCCCCGUGACCUAGACGGCGCAGGUCAGCAACAGCGAACUGUCAAGUUCGCAGACGUGAAGCCCUUGGUGGUGCACGAUGACCAGAGGACGACGGCCAAGAGAAAUUUCGCUUGGGACGAAACUGAGCUGAAGAAGAUGCAGCAAAGGCAGUAGAAAAAAAAAGUUAAUUUAAAAUUUCAUCAUUAGUUAAAAAUUAAGUUAGAUUUUUCUGUCUUAUCUGAAGAAGUUAAUUAUUUUCAUUAAAAUUCAUCAAUUUUAUUUAAUACAUAUUUAGUAUCAAAGCAAUUAAUUUUUUUUUAUAGAUCAACUUUCAAUUUUCAUGAUAUUUAAGAUGAAAUAUCGAUUUAUUAAAUCACAGUAAAUUUAUUAGUUUUUACUUUUAACUAAGAUAAAAAGGA